AUCCCACCGCAUCUUGACUGCAUGCCCAAUGGCCGUGCUUUCCGAAAGGCUAUCAAGGUUAUUCACAAUAAUCCCUUGGAUUGCGAAGACUCGCUACGGCUGGAUCUCGAGCUCCUGUCAUUAGGACUCAUACUCUUCUGAAUCAUCAAUUGUCCUUUCAGUGCAUGUCGAUAGCCCAGCUUUCAGCAUCGUCCAAGGAUUGAAUUUUUCGCACAAUUUGUAGUGAGCAUUCAUAGUUAUAAGACAUGAGCUCGGAUGCUCGAGGGCCCGGACGAGAAGGAUGAUUGGCUUUGCCCCUCAUUCACGGACUACCGCUGUCGAGGUAGAUGUUCUUGUCAUUGGAGCCGGCCCCGUUGGCCUGGCAUCUGCUCUCCUGGCUCACAAGGUUGGCUUGUCUUGCGUAAUAGUCAACAAGUCUGAUGGCCCUCUCAAAUUGGGUCGAGCGGAUGCUAUGAAUGCUCGGACUUUGCAGCUACUUGAACUGCUUGGUUAUCGCAUAUUCGAAGAAUUGUCCGCCAAGGGUCUCCACUGUAGCACGAGCCCCACGUGGAAGAAUGGCGAAUUCACCAACGCAUGGUGGAAAGCGCUUCGAGGGUCUGAGCACAAACACCUUCUCAUGCUUGGUCAACCUUACCUCGAGGAAAUUCUUGACAGGAAUCUCACAGCAGUUGGGAAACCCGUUGAGCGUGGCGUCACGGUGCUUGAAGUGGGGCUUGAUGACGAUCCAAGCGCUCGACUAACAUGGGCCAAGCUUUUGUCAAAAACAGGAAUAGAGUCCUUGGUACGAGCAAAGUAGAUGACACCGAGAUGACGUGGGCCGUUCUCGAUGGCGAAGUCGAUACAACUCCCUCGUGAAUCAGAAAUUAUCAACUUCCAAGCGACGC